AUGAAAUCAAUACAAGGCCUUUGCAUAUAUCAAUUCCCAGGUGACCAAAAAGUCAAAGCUUGCAUAAUAGCUAAAAAUAAUUGUGGAACGUUAAUAGGUAUGACACAGUUUUCAACUUCUAACCUCUGCGUUGUCCAAAUGACAAUAGGCACAAGGAAAUUAUAUAUUGCAUCAGCAUACGUUGAGCCCCGAGACGAUGAACACGCAACACUUGAGCGCUUAGACGCCUUCCUUAAAUCAACCAAUGACUCUCAUCGUAUAAUAUGUGGCGAUUUUAAUGGUUGGCACCCACUAUGGGGUUGUGAAACAACUAACAAAAGAGGUCGCGAAGUGGCGGAACUUAUAAUAGGAAAUGAUAUGUAUAUUUGCAACCAAGGAAGCAUCCCAACGUUUGAAACCGUCACACAUGGUAGAAAUUGCUCCUCUAUUAUCGACAUAACUUUUGCCUCAGGGUCUAUAUACGAGAAAAUAAAUAGCUGGAAUGUUAACCUGGAGGCUUGUCCCUCGUCUCAACAUAAUUCUAUUGAAUUUACGCUCAACCUAUUUAACGUUAACACCACAAAAAGAAAAAACACAUCCACAUAUCUGUAUAAAAGUGAAAAAGCUAACUGGGCAGAGUCUAAGGCAGUCUUAGACCUCAAAAUGUGCAAUAACGGAUGCCUAGACGUAGAUAUUCCCACAUUAAAUACCAACGAAUUAGAAUCCUUUAUUACAAAAAUUAUCAGUACAAUCCACGAAGCUUGUCGAGCAUCCAUGCCAAUGAAGAACAACGGCACCCAAUGUAAACCCAUAUGGUGGACAGACAAAUUGGAAAAACUGAAAAAAAGAUGUUAUCUCCCUCCAUCAUAA